AGCAUUUGGGUCGAACCUUGUGGACCAUCGCGGCGCUAUGGCGGAGGCUCUGCCAAAUCCGAAGCCAACAGCGCUGUCGGGGCCAGAACUGCUGAAGGAUGCUUCGUGGUUUGAUGCCAAUUGGCCGCUCAUCAGCACGUUGCUUUGCCCGGUGGCUUUCGUCCUUCCCUUCGUGCUUUGCCAAUUGCCUGGCCGAGCUGCCAUUCGCAACCCCUAUGUGCUGGGAUGGCUGACAAUUGCAUUUUACCUAUGUCACCAGACCGAAGAGCAUGGCUACGACCUGCGUGGCUGGCGGUAUGCAUUUGUACCUGAUUUCAACCAUGGCACAGGUGCCUGGUUGUUCAAGGAGUGCGAGAAGAUCGGUCACAGGACUUGCCCAGCGGAUCCACGAAUGGCAACAUACAUCAACGUGGUCACGGUGUGGGGUGGCUUUACAUUUUGCAUGCUGUGUGCACACCACCUUGGCGGGCGGUAUGCCUAUGCGGGAUUUUGCAACUGGGGCAUGAGUGUGAUAAAUGCAUUGACUGGUCAUUUGAUUCCAUGGAUGCUGGUGGGCUACAACCCCGGCGCUUUCCAGAGCAUUUUCAUGUGUCUCUUCGGGAUCUACGCUCUUUCCCGUGUCGGCAAGUUCUUCGCGUGGACUUGCAUUGUUCACGGCCUGGCCUUCCAUGGAGCUACCUAGAUGGUCAGUCCCGCUUUCUAUUUUGCACUGCGAAGUUGUGAAGUCAGUCCCGCUACCUUCCUCCUGUUAUGCCACAACAUCCGCUGAACCAUUGCAGCCACUUCCGGGCUUCUUGGGUGGGUGUUGUUUUGCAAAAGCCAUUGUUGCUAGACUCCGCACGGCGAAGCAACUAGCAGGGUUUGCGGCAGAUUUGCUUGGGCAUAUGCACGAAUUUAGUGCUCAAAGCCCACUGGCCCGUGGAGACCUACGCUGUCCUAUGCUUCAUCUUCUCCACGGCAGUUCCUGCCAACGCACAUCAGCAAAUGUUGGACAAUUUGAUGUCCAUCACCAACUGAAACUAACUUCCAAUGUCGUGCUGUGUCCCCCUGUUUUUAUUGGCAGGUGUCUUUAUGAGAUGUUGAUUCCAUGCUUGUGAUUUGUUGAGGUUCCCCUUGCCGUGGCAAAGCUGUUUGCUCCAGAUGCUCCAAAAGAGUCCUGAAUUGCUGAGAAUUCAAACAAGUUAAGGAUUUGAACAUAUGUGA